GUCCCCGUCCAGUGCAGGCUGCUACUGAGAGGCUGUGAGACCUCGCCACGGUUCCCCUUACCGGCCGGUCGCCGCAGCCGCCGCAGCACUCGUCGGCCGGUCGCCGUAUCGGCCUUCCGUUCCCUUGAGUUCCCAGAAACCAUGGCAUGGGGAGGCCUCUUCUUGAGCCUGAGCCGCCCGACACCGGAGCAGCAGAAGUCGUGCCUCGCGGCUGCCGGCGGCUUCAACUACGACGCGGAUCUCCACGGCGCCACCCACCCGAAAUCACCAGCCGCAUUAACAACCUCUGAAGACACCGACAGGGCGCUGGCCGACCGUGGCUUCUCCGUGAACCGGUCGCGAGUCCUUGUCGGCUCCGGCGCCGACGCCUUCCGCCACGCCAAAUCGGCCCUCCUCUCCUGGAAGCACCUGGCGCUGGGGUGGGCGGAGGCGGAGCCGGGCACGCCGGUGAAGGCCGGCGCGAGGUUCUGCAUCUGCUACAGGGAGGUGGUCCCCUGGGUGAUGUUCCCGCUGCAGAUCGCCUACGUCACCGACGACAAGUACGAUGGUGGCAAGCGCGGGAAAGGCGGCGGCGUGUUCGCGUUCGGCAGCGGCACCCUGCAGGGCCAUCUGCUGGCCGGGGAGGAGCGGUUCUCGGUGGAGGUGGACGCGGAGGAGCGGGUGUGGUACGAGGUGGUGUCCUUCUCCAAGCCGGCGCACCCGCUGUCGGCGCUGUGCUACCCGUACGUGCGCCUCCGGCAGAGGCACUUCGCGCGGGAGUCCGGCAAGGCGGUGCUCAGGCACGUCGCCGCCGCAGCCUGCUCGCCGACUGCGACGCCAACGACGCGGUGAUCAUCGGCGUCCUAGCUGCGGGGCCGGGAGGCUAGGCUGUGAUGGAGUAGCUCCAUUCUGUGUAUACAGGGGUGUUAAGAUCAAAUUUCUCGUCUACAUGUGGCAGCGCGAGGAAGAACACCAUUUUUUUUCAGGCACCUGUGGCAGCACAGGCGCUCCUGAACAAAUCAUUUUCCGUUGGUUGUUUCGUUCU